AUGAAAUGCAGGUACGGCCAUUGCAAGCGUCUGCAUCCAUUCUGGGAGCAGCUGGCGGAGAUAAUGAAUGUCGAAGACCCGAAGGUGAUCACUGCAAAUGUGGACUGCACCAAACACAAGGCACUGUGUGCUGAACACGAGGUGACCGGCUAUCCCACGCUGCAUCUUUUUAAGCUCGGCGAUACGGAGUCGGUGAAGUUCAACGGCACCCGCGACCUUCCCGCUAUCACGGACUUCAUAAACCCCGAGCUGAACUCCGAAGUGGAGCAGGCCGAGGAGACGCUGAAGGAGAACGGAGAAGGCACCGUGCCCGUGGCCAAUCAACAUUUGGGCAAGGUGGUGGAUCUCACCGAGGACACCUUUGCCAAGCACGUGUCCAGCGGCAAUCACUUUGUCAAGUUCUUUGACCCAUGGUGCAGUUUCCCCAUUUGA